AUCUGUGGAAAAGAAAAAAGAGAAAAAAUGAAGUACAUAUUCUUAAUAUUUUUCAUGAAUUUAUUACCACAGUAUGCUGGGAAAUCUUUGAGAAGAGAUGACAGUUACCCGAAAACAUUUGAAGACAUUAAAAAUGAGAUAGCUGGCUAUACUGAUAUUGCUAAAGCUAUUAUUGAUCUUGCUGUUCAUGGGAAAGCUCAGAACAGAUCCUAUGAAAGAUUAGCAGUUUUUGCCGAUACCAUAGGACCUAGACUCAGUGGUUCAAAAAAUCUAGAUGCAGCCAUCAAGUAUAUGUUCAGUGCCCUACAGGAAGACGGGCUGGAAAAUGUACAUCUGGAGCCUGUGAAAGUACCACACUGGGAAAGAGGAGAAGAAUUUGCAAUGAUGCUGGAACCAAGGAAUCACAGCAUUGCUAUUUUGGGACUUGGGAGCAGUGUUGCAACUCCUCCAGAAGGAAUUACGGCGGAAGUCAUAGUGGUAGCCUCUUUUGAUGAACUGCACAAAAGAGCUCAGGAGGCCAAGGGGAAGAUUGUUGUCUACAACGAACCUUUCAUCAGUUAUGGUGAAACUGUGCGAUACAGAUCACAGGGAGCAGUGGAAGCUGCUAAAGUUGGAGCAGUGGCAUCCCUCAUUAGAUCCAUUGCUUCUUUUUCUAUUAAUAGCCCACAUACUGGGUGGCAGAAUUACCAGCCUGAUGUGCCCCAGAUUCCCACUGCUUGCAUCUCUGUGGAAGAUGCUGAAAUGAUGUCACGAAUGUCUUUCCGGGGCACUAAGAUCGUUGUGCACCUGAAGAUGGGGGCUAAGACCUAUCCAGACUCUCCUUCCUUUAACACCGUGGCAGAGAUAGUUGGAAGCAAGUACCCAGAGCAGAUUGUAUUGGUCAGUGGACAUCUGGACAGCUGGGAUGUUGGGCAGGGAGCUAUGGAUGAUGGUGGUGGAGCAUUUGUAUCAUGGGAAGCAUUAUCACUCAUUAAGGAUCUGGGACUUCGCCCAAAAAGGACUCUGCGCUUGGUGCUAUGGACAGCAGAAGAGCAAGGAGGAAUAGGUGCCGAGCAAUACUAUCGGUUGCACAAGGAAAAUAUUUCCAACUUUGAUAUCGUCAUGGAGUCUGAUGAGGGCACCUUCAAGCCAUCUGGACUGGGUUUUACUGGCAAUGCUAAAGCUCGGGACAUCGUGAAAGAGAUCAUGACUCUGCUGCAGCCCAUCAAUGUUACGGAUGUUUAUGACAACGCAGAUGGAACGGACAUCGAUUACUGGAUGAGAGACGGGGUGCCCGGUGCCAGCUUGCGUGAUGACCUCAGUAAAUACUUCUGGUUUCAUCAUUCUCAAGGGGACACGAUGACAGUUCAGGAUCCAAACCAGAUGAAUCUCUGUGCUGCUGUUUGGACUGUUGUCUCCUAUGUAAUUGCUGACAUGGAGGAGAUGUUGCCAAGGUAAUAAAACAGCAAGAAAGAAGAUUUCUGUUCUUCAGUAAAGAUGUGAGUCCACUAAUGCAUGUGGUCUACAGCUGUGGGAAAUUCUGGUUUUCAGCCUGAUUUUGUGCAUUAUUAUGUCUGUUUCAUCAAAGCACAUGCUCUUUUACACAUUCCUGUUUCUUUUUGCUGUUUUGAUAUCUUCCAUUUGUGAUUUUCACUUAAAAUUUCUUCUUUUAAGUACUUUUUAAAUUUCUGAUGAAGGUAUGAUACCUCUUUGUCUAUGAUAUAAUAACCAUUUGUAUGCAAAGUGAUCCUGUGCAGCAGGAAAAAUAUACCAAAUAAAUUUGUUGUAUCAGAAUAAUUAAUGUGUUGAGUUA